UCCGGUAACAUCCGCAUCAGUUCCUCCACAUCUCCCUCAGCGAGCAGAGUCUGUCUCCAGCGUCCGGACUGGAAGCACCGAGCGGGAUGUAAAGAGGAGCUGAGAGCGAGGACAGAUCCGCUCCUUUACAAAACUUCACUCUCUUCCUCUCUUAUCCACACACAUCUAAACUGGAACUACAUUAAAAAAAAAAAAAAAAAAUCCCAGCGUUUCGUUCCUGACCCUCCGCUUUCACUCUGCAGGGAUCAAAUCACCCACAGUGGACUUUCUGCUCCUGUUUGUUGGCGCAUCACCGGAUAUUUCCAUCGAAAUUCUGCAUAUUUGUGCAAAAAAGAAAAAAUCAACUAUAAAAGUUGCUGGCACGGAAUGACGCAGGUGGAGUGAAGAUUUCUAUAUCAUCCGAUCCUCUUUGCGUAACAACGAUCACAUGGCCUCACCUUGACUGACCAUCAUCCAGAACCCUCAGUCUCUCCUCUUACUGGGGAAAUCCUGUCUCUCCAUGGUUCACCAUAGAAACACCCGUCUUCUGUCUCUCAGUCUGUAAGAGGCCGCUCACAAAGUUCCCUCCUGUAACCACCAUGGCAGCUGCUCCAGACGCCCCCUGCCUGUCGGAGCUCGGCGGUCUCUCCAACAGGAACAUCAGCCUCAUCUCUGGCACCCGACCCUGCAACCGGAGCACCGUCAGGCCCUCGCCUUACACGCCGCAAGCCACAGCAGCCUUUGCCAUCGCCAUCACCUUCAUGAUGCUCGUGACCAUCGUCGGGAACAUCCUGGUCAUCAUUGCCGUUCUGACGUCACGAUCCCUGAAGGGGGCUCAGAACCUCUUCCUGGUAUCUCUGGCUGCAGCCGAUAUUUUAGUGGCCACGCUUAUUAUUCCCUUCUCGUUGGCGAACGAGCUGCAGGGCUACUGGGCGUUUAGCUCCAUUUGGUGUGAAAUCUACCUGGCGCUGGAUGUUCUCUUCUGCACCUCCUCCAUUGUGCACCUGUGCGCAAUAGCGCUGGACCGCUACCUGUCUAUCUCUCGGCCUGUGUCCUACGGCACAAAGCGCACUCCCGCACGUAUCAAGGCAGCCAUUAUCGUCGUCUGGCUGAUCUCCGCGGUCAUCUCUUUCCCUCCUCUUCUCACCCUGGACAAGAGCGAAGGAGGUGAAGAGGUGUGCGAACUGAACAACGAGCGCUGGUAUAUUCUGUACUCCACCGUUGGCUCGUUCUUCGCCCCCUGUGUAAUAAUGAUUCUGGUGUAUGUGAGGAUUUAUCAGAUCGCUAAGCAGCACACACGCUCCCCGCUCGGACAGAAGCCUAAAGUGGUUGCAGGACGACAUGCCAGCAUGGCAACCAGUGAGCCUCCAGUGAAGUUAUCAGAGCAGUCGCAACAGAACGGGGAUCAAGGAGAUACGACUGACAGCCAACAAGAAAAAGGGCUGACCAAAAUGUCUGGCUCGGAUGCACCAUUCAAAAACCCACCAGGGAAUACCCCGAGCCAGGAAUACCCGCCUAAUCCGAGUACUGCUUCAGUCCAAAAAUCAUCCCCCACUUCAACCCCCCAUUGUGAAAGCCAGAUCUUCUCAGCUGUUCCCCACAAAAAGUCCCAGGCACAUUCUGACGAAGGAGGAGACACGCUUCCCAACUCCAGCUCUGCCUCUGACGCCGAACUGGAAAUGGGUGAGGAUCUCAGACCUGACGGCAAACAAGAGACGAACAAGACCGAGCAGCAAACUUUAGGUAAAGGGUUCAAAGUCCAGGUACUGAACCUGGCCUGCAGAUACAAAAACACUAUGGCCACAUCUUCUGGCACCAAACUGGUACCCGAGGAAUCAUCUAAGAUUCAAGGGACGCCCAUGUCCCGCCGCAAGGCCAUGGUGAACCGGGAGAAGAGGUUCACCUUUGUGUUGGCUGUGGUCAUGGGAGUGUUUGUGAUCUGCUGGUUCCCGUUCUUCUUCUCUUAUUCUCUCCAGGCAGUGUGCCCUGAAACUUGCAGCAUCCCAAACCCUUUGUUCAAAUUCUUCUUUUGGAUUGGCUACUGCAAUUCCUGCCUCAACCCCGUCAUAUACACCAUCUUCAACAAUGACUUCAGGAAGGCCUUCAAGAGGAUACUGUGCCGGGACACAAAGGGUACGUUCUUCUAGAAUGGGAAGUAUUACUUUUUGAACUGCCGGCGCACAGAUAGACGGUCUAUCUGAGAAGAUGAAAAAAUUGUUUUUUUGUGUGUGUUUGCCCAGGAUUGACCCUCUUCAGCAUCAACAUAAACACUUUUAAGCAUUAAGGGGGAAAUUGCAUCCAUUUUCUCCUCUCCUUGUGUUCGGGUGAACGCUGUUAGCUGAGUCAGAGCCACACUGACAAAGGAGAUUUCAAAAAGCCACAGUCAAGUGGCUGAAUCAAUUAUCUUUAAUGUUAUUUAAGAAUACAGUGUAAUUGUAUAUUCAAUGACUUUGAAGGAAAGUGAUUUGAUUAUAUUUUGAAGCGGAAGUCGGGAGGAUACAGGGUCUGUGUUCAGUAAUUUAAAGUACAAACAGAACUACGAUGUGUUUUUGUGUGUUUGUGUGUGAGCGUAUGCAUGGGAGUAGAGGCGAGUCGCCUGAGGGGUCUGACUGGAAGAGAACAAAUAUCACUAAGUGUCCUUUAUCGGAGAUAAAAUGGGCACUCAAGGAACACAAGAUCAGGGAAAAUGUGAGCAUCCUCUUCUCUGUGCCUCUCACUCUUUUUCUUCUGGUUCUUCCUCCAUCUGAAGCUGUAACUUUGGACAUCUGUAUUAUAACGGAUUGAGCCUUUUUUUUUUCCUUGUGUAUUCCCUAGUCUCUGUGAACUGUUGGAUGCUCUCACUGGGAAUUGCUCAUUAAGGUGAUCGCCAGAGGCUUUAACAGGGAGAAACUAGAGCAGGAGAGCUGAGAAAAAUAAGCAGAGGAUGCAUGAAAGACAGAAACUCCACAUGUGAGAGUGAGCCGCUCGUCCACGUCCUUUGCUUCCUUUUAUCUUUCCUACGCUUUAAUGUUGUUUUUUGGCUCCUGUAAACUCAAAAAAAAACAAAAAAAACGCAGGGAGUCGGGGCUUGUGUUUCACGGACGCUGUUGCAGUCGAGAUUUUGAUUUACUUGCAGUAUUUAAUGAAUAUGAUGGACAGAAAGCUUUGUACCCUUUCAGUGUUUCUCGCUGCCAAAGCAAUACAGACUGUAUCUGAACUGGGCGCUGACCCCGACGAUGAGCAGAAUCCCUGAUGAAGACGCUCCUCUUCUGGACUGAUCUGAUUUUGGGUGUGUGUGAAGACUCUGUGUGUUUGUGUGUGUGUGUGUGUGUGAUUGAGUUUGCAGUUGCAUGUUUUUUCAAAAAUGCACUUCUUAUCUUUUGAAAGCCAAUAGAAAUUUGCUCGAACGAAGCAUCCAGUACUGUAUACACAUGUAAGAUAACGCUGGUGUUGGAAUUAGCUUUUGUACAGUAUUAGCUUAAACAUAAAACAGUAUCCAUGCUUAUCGUUUUAAAGUCCAACUGAAAUUAAACUGCAUGUUUUGUUCCGCUACGGAUCUGCCCUGUUAACAACACGUCCUAAACAGAGUUUACAGGCAUGCUAGCAGUUCUGUGAUGCUAUACUUUGUGCUUUUUUGCCAAUGCUAACAUCAGAAUAUUAACAUACAGAAAUGUGAUUCAAGUCAUAUGGUUUGAGUCUCCAGCAAGUCAUUUUUUUGUUGUCCUCAGUUACGGCAAACCUAGUCAGAUUAAGUCAAGUUAAAAGUUAUCAACAGUCACAACAGAGUGGUGUAAUGAGUCCUGAAACUAUGAAAUCAGUUAGGAAAUCUUCACAUCCAGUUCACAUGUUUCAGUUAAGAUGCUAACUGUUGUAGUUCUUAGCUCAACACUUCUGCUAACAAAAGAGUGUCUGUCAUUAGCUUAAACAGUUACCAGUAAUGGUUUGUUAACAUUGUGUCAGCCAUGGCUGGACAGUAGAAAAAACUGAAUACUUGACUAUAAGUUAACUUGAGUUAAAGCUGCUUACCCCAAAUGUCUUUAUCCUUUGGUUUGCUUCUGUCAUGCUAGCUAGCUAGCUAGCGUCUCUUUCUCUUAGCAAACUAGCUUAUUACACAGACAAAUGUUUACAUUGUUUACAAACCGUGACGCAACAUAACAUUCAUCGACGUGUCCCUUUUAAAUAGGCAGUGUAAGAAGCUUGCUGAUGUACUCACAGCUUUAGUUAUCUGUAGCCAGCAAGCUUACUGCUAACAUGCUAUCUAGCUAGAACUUGCUAGUGCAAGGUCUCAAGAGCUCCAUGAGUUAACAGAUUUGCUUAAUGACUGAGCAGGUGAAAGGACAGGAAGUGAGUUUACACAAAAGAUUUGUACAGUUGUCUCUGUUUAUAACGGGACAGAGGAGGUUAAAAUAAACCAAAUUGUAAGAAGCUAAAGCAGCCUCCGUUUAAGAUUAUUCCUCAGAACUGUGAAGAUGAUUUGUUGUUAGUCAACUGCAAAUUUGUUCGGAUUUACUCCGAAAACAUUGAUCACGGCAAUUCUGUAAAAUGAUUUCACUGUGAUGUUUUUUAAAGCCUUGAAGUGUUUCAAUACCCUUUACAUCUCAGCUGUGAAUCCUUCACAAACACAUGUUUUUUUUUUUCCUGAACAAUUUUGUGAUUUCAGCUGGACUUUAAGUUUAGAGUAUUGAUCAAAUUACCACUCAGUAUUGCCUUGUAUCAACUUGUAUCUUUCUAUCUCUGCUGCUGUGCUGUUGUGUCCCAGUGCUCUGCCUUCAUUUUGAAAUCGCUUCAUAUUAAGGGUUGAAUAAAGGACAUGGUGAGACUAUAAAUGCUGCUUGUUGUGUCAGAGGAGAGCGGGUGGGAUCGACUGUGAGCACUUACAGAGCGAAGAAUGAUGGAAUCAGACAAUUUACCAUCGCUGCUUUCUGUCAGUCGAGUGUUUUAUGAGAAUUACUUUUGUCUGCUCUAAUGACCUUUGACCAGAAUAUAAAUCACAAUAGACUGACACGAACAUAGAAACAAAUUCAAGUAAGAGCCGGAGUAAGGCUGAGAAUAAACUAAUCUUGUCACAUCCAUGCCCAGUUCACACAGAAAAUACCACACCAGCUAAAAAUAAACCGGUGAUAACUAAAGUGAUAAUUGACUGAACAAGACUCGUUUAUCUCCCUUCAACUACGAGCUGUCAUGGAGCCAAAAGCAGGAUGCGUUGUUUACCUCUUGCAGUGAAAGACUCACUAGAAUGUAAUGAAAUGUGUUUAAACCUUCCAGUGGUAUAAUUUAGUGUAAUUAGGGCAGCUCUCAUCGCCUCCUGAUGAGCUGAUUUUCGGUCUCCAGGAGCUAAAAUAAACCUCUUUUUAUUUAUCCACAUGUAAGGAUGUGAGCACUUUGGAGUGUGG